UCGCUGUAAUGGUCGACCAGGGUGUGCCAAACUGUAUGAUGAGAUAUAACAACAGAAGAAGGGUUGACUAUAAUAUCUCAUCAUACAGUUUGGCACACCCUGGUCGACCAUUACAGGCUUUACUCUGUGUGGACUGUGGGCAUUUGACCCGGUAGGUGCUAUAGCAUCGUCUCCCUUAUUAUCAACCAAGAUGGUCUCCAGAUUAUCUUAACGAUGCUGGGAUUUCUUCAGAGGAAUGAUAAACAACUAGGUUAUGAUCCGAGUAUCAUGUCUACAUCAGAUGGGAAAAGAUUUAUUGAUAUUAUACGAGAUCCACGAUCCGAACGUCUUAUCCUUGACAGUCUUACAAAGCGGGCACCAUAUGUCGUGGGUAGAGCUACGAUUUGCUGGAAAGCUCACCGUGAAGGGGACCAGACAAAUAUGCCGUGGUUAUUAAAGACUCGUGGCAGUAUCCGGGGCGAGAAGCAGAAGGCACACUUUUACCCGAAGCAAUAAAGAAAGGCGUGGUUAAUAUCUAUCUACAAAGCAAAUCGCGCGUCUCUAUGCUUUCUGCGCUUGAGACCUGUAUAGAAGGUGCGUGCCCUCACCAGAUCCUGGUGUUAACCUACUAAUA